AUGAAACGUUCCUUUUCCGUUCUACUCGUAUUAUGUCUUGCUACAAUCGUCAUCUCUCACAGAAAGGAUAAUGAUGAGGUGAAAAAGAUUGUAAAAGUUAUUGAGUUUGAUGACGAUGUGGUGGAAGGAAGAAGUUCAAUUGGAAGAAAAGGAAACAAGAAGUUUGGUUCUUCAUCUUCUUCAUCAUCCUGGUCAUCCGAGGAAUAUCCUAGACGUGGAAACAGAAGACCAUUCCCACGUCGACGUCCUCAGAGACCCACUGAAACCAAGGGAAAAUGUGAUGAUGGAUGGAGUUCAAGAGACCUAAUGGGGUUUGGUGAUGGUUUUUCGGGAGUAACCAAUGGAUGGUUCUCUCAAAAUACUUGCACUGGCAUGGGAGCAGUUCUCACUGGAUUCCAAAACGAAAACGAGCGUAUGAAAGUUGCAGAAGUGGCGCUGAACAAACUGACAGUACUAGGACAGACUGUAGGAGGACUCUGGGUUGGAGCAACUAAUCUUCCGGGAUGCAGAUCUCCUAGCUGUGGACCGUAUAACACUUUCCAAUGGACCGAUGGAGAUACAACAGGAUUUGAAGGCAUCAAAUGGGGUGUCGGUGAACCGGAUAACAAUAAUUGGCCGUGA